AUGGAGGAAAAGAAGGUCUGCAUUGUAGGCGCCGGCGUCAGCGGCCUCGCCGCCUGCAAAUACCUGGCCCAAAAAGGCUUCCAUCCAGUUCUCUUCGAGUCGGACCGGGUGGUCGGAGGCGUGUGGGCCCGAACUCUUCCGUCGACUCGUCUCCAGUCUUCCCCACUGGACUACCAGUAUUCCGACUUUCCGUGGCCGGAGAAUUUGACCAAAAUCUUCCCUGACCACAAGCAGGUGGUGGAGUACCUCGAGUCUUAUGCUCGCCGGUUUGAUCUGCUGAAGUAUGUGAGGUUUGGGGAAAAGGUGGUGUCUUUGGAUUACGUCGGCGCCGGUGAGGACGAGAUGGAGGCUUGGGAUAUGUGGGCCGGCAACGGAGAGGCUUUCGGCGGCAGCCGGCGGGGAACUUGGCAUGUCACCGUAAGGAACGAGGAGGAUGGGAGUUGUCAGGUCCAUAUAAUGGAUUUUGUUAUCCUAUGCGUAGGAAGAUACAGUGGACUUGUUAAUAUCCCAAGUUUUCCAGCAAAUAAGGGACCUGAGGCCUUCAAUGGUGAGGUUAUUCACGUCAUGGAUUAUUGCAAAAUGGGCAGCUCAGCUGCAGAUCAUUUCUUGAAAGGAAAGCGUGUAACAGUCGUUGGAUUUCGAAAAUUUGCGCUCGACGUUGCUGCAGAAUGCGCUAAUGUUAAUGGGGCUGAGUAUCCAUGCACAAUGAUUAUUCGAGGCAAGCAUUGGAAUAUACCAAAGUUUGUGGCGUGGGGCAUCCCACUUCAUUAUUUUUGUCUUAAUCGUUUUUCUGAGUUGUUCUUUGAUAGGCCUGGUGGAGGGCUCCUAUUGAGCAUUUUGGCCACCUUGCUCUCGCCAUUGGUAUGGCUAUUCACCAAGUUUACUGAGAGCUACUUCAAGAAAAUACUCCCCAUUAAAAAGUAUGGAAUGGUUCCUGAACACAGCUUUUUCCAAGCAAUGUUUUCUUGCUUAGUCUGCGUUUUGCCAGAGAACUUCUACAAGAAGGUAGAAGAAGGGAGUAUUGUGCUCAAGCAUUCAAAGAGCUUCGAGUUCUGCAAGAAUGGAAUCAUAGUUGAAGGAGAUACUUCCCCAAUAAAUACAGAUUUGAUGAUAUUUGCAACUGGAUUCAAAAGUGAUCAGAAGAUCAAAGACUUGUUCGUUUCACCUCAUUUUCAAAAGAUUGUUAUCGGAUCAUUAGAUUUUACUAUUCCCCUCUACAGGGAAUGCAUACAUCCACGUAUUCCGCAAUUUGCGAUCAUUGGAUACUCUGAGCACGCAUCAAACAUCUAUCUUUCAGAAAUGAGAGCGAGGUGGUUGGCGCAUUUUAUCGGCGGUGGAUUCUUGCUUCCGAGCAUAAAUGAUAUGGAGAAGAGCGUGAAGGAAUGGGAUAAAUACAUGAAGAGAUAUUUGGGAAAGUUUUUUCGAAGAUCAUGCAUUACUUCUCUUCAUCUUUGGUAUAAUGAUCAGUUGUGUAAAGAUAUGGGUUGCAAUCCCAAGAGGAAGAAGGGUUUUUUGGCUGAAUGGUUCACCUCUUAUAAGCCAACUGAUUAUGCCAACUUGGAGGAGGAACAAAAAUCGAUGCUUUAA